GCCUAUUCAUCUGCCUCGUUUUUUCUCAUUUCUUCUUUUUUUUGUUUGAAAUUCAUUUUUUCUCCAUUUCACUUUUAUCUCUUCCAUGACUCAAAUCUAUUUUGCCUCUUUCAUCUUCUUUCGUCUUAUCUCUUCUAUUCUAUAAUCGAAAUUCAUUUUUCCUCUUUCAUCUACAACCCAACCUUAAUUUUCUUGUGUCUCUCACUAAGAAUGCGAAUGGUGGCACUUAGAACAGGGCUUAUUGCCUUUGGAUUCGAUCCCAAGGAAAACGAUCUUGCCUUCGACCAUGGUGGAUCUGAGGUCGAGCAUGGAGAUCUCUUUUAUGAAGGAAGGGAUGAGAAUAAGAAGAUGGUGGCAUUUGAGAGGAGUGAAGCCAUUGCUGUCAUGGAUUGGAGAGGAGGAUUUGGGAGAAUCUAGCGAAGUAGGGAAGAAGAUGAGGAGUGAUAAUGUUGGAAAAUUUGAAAAGGGUAAAAUAAUACUUUUAACUUAUAAAUCCCUGAAAUCAAGAAUAAUAAAUUACUUUUCUUAAU